ACGUAGGAUGUCAGUAACCACACGCUGCCAAUACACAUCUUAGUGACCUACUAACACAGAUCCAUGAGGCAGUAGUCACUCCGGGAGGAAAAAGCUAGGGAGAAACAAGGAAACGCUACCUUAGAAAUACAAAUGGUUUACAAAAUGAUUUCUACUUGCACUAUACACCACGGAAACUGUUGUAUGAAGUGUUGGACUACCAUUUUGUAAAGAUCUUUCACAAGGCACAACUGGAAUUAUUACCCCUGAAUAUAUAUAUAUACACAUGUGGCUUCACCCUCUGGGACAAACAUAAGGACAUCUGAACGCAAUGAGUCAGAACUAAGUACUUUAUGCAACUAAAAUCGUAGCACUUGUAUGUAACAUGCAGACCAUCAAGAAGGAGCUCUCCAAUGGGCACUUCAAUGGAGAGGAUGCCCUGGUUCUUGCGGUCGCCUUGCAGGGUCCGGACAGGGACCUGCUGAGUCAAAAGCUGUCCAGCGUCCCUUUCAAAGCCAAAAGCACCUCCUGCCGCCGAAAACGGGAGUUCAUCCCUGAUGAGAAGAAGGACAACCUGUACUGGGAGCGGAGGCGCAAGAACAACGAGGCGGCCAAGCGUUCCCGGGAGAAGCGGCGUCUCAACGACAUGGUGCUGGAGACCAAGCUGAUGGCCCUCGGCGAAGAGAAUGCCACGCUCAAGUCCGAGCUGCUCUCGCUCAAGUUGAAAUACGGCCUGGUCAGCUCCGCCGUCUACGCCCAGGAGAUGCAGAAUAUCUCCACCACCACCGCCGCACUUUACCAGGACUACGUCUUGCCUGGCCCCGCCCAAAGCCCUUACAGCCGAGAGCUGGAUCCAGCAAGGCUGGGCAGCAGCUGCAUAUCUGUCAUCAAGCACUCGCCUCACAGCUCCCUAUCUGAGGGGUCGGACACCAGCGCGGCCACCCAGGUUAGCCCCCUCGCGGGGAUCUGCCGGACCUCUGAAAGUAUAAAGCUGGAGCCCUUGGAAAACGGCAGCUAUGCCCGUGACCAGACGAGUCCCUAUGAACUGUAUAGGAAUUACCUGACCAACCCAUUCCCUGGGGCAUACUCCCAGCCCUCCCCGCUUCUGCAGAUCACGAGAUCGUCGAGCAACUCGCCCAGAACCUCGGACGGCGACGACGGCGUCGUGAGCAAGUCGUCCGACGGAGAGGAUGAGCAGCAGGUGCCCAAAGGCCCCACCCCCUCCAGAUGCGACCCUAAGAGUGUCAUCGUCUCCACUCUCAAAGUGCCAGAGUACAACUCCUCGGCCCUGCCCCACAAGCUGCGGAUCAAGGCCCGAGCGAUCCAGAUCAAAGUGGAGGCUAUCGACUCAGAUUACGACUCCUCCAGGAAGUCCUCAUCUCCUGUUGAAAUGUCAGGGACAGGGAACUACCCGGCGGGUCAGACCGGCAUACCGGAGUACAUCCGGUCGUCUUUCAGCCCGCUGUCGCUCCAAGUAACUAAUGUUCAGAACUGGAACCAGAGGCCAGAUCACUGGCACAAGGAGCGCCUGGGGCCGCCCAAGGCAGGUGGCAUCAUCUGCCCGAGCUCUCCAGAUCGCUGGCACAAAGAGCGCCUGGGGCCGCCCAAGGCAGGUGGCAUCAUCUGCCCGAGCUCUCCAGAUCGCUGGCACAAAGAGCGCCUGGAGCCGCCCAAGGCAGGUGGCAUCAUCCGCCCGAGCUCUCCAGAUCUGGUCACUGACAAACUCCUCGUCAAUCUCAAAGAGAGUUCCUACGCCGGUACGGACUCGGAGAGCUUGUACUUGAAACGGGGCAUAGCCAACCUAUCUGACGAAGUAGCCUCGCUCAAAAGACUGAUCAUCCAUCGGCAAGGGUCUGUGAUUGAGUCGACCAAAAGCACUACUGACCAUGACGCGGUAUCGAAAGUAUGUUUUUCAAACUGAGUGCUUACCUUCUGUUUUGCACAAUGCCUGUUUUCCACUGUGUUUGCUACUGCACUGUGCAAUUCAUAUGGUGUAUAAAGAGAAAGGAAAGAAAAUGCUGAUCAUUGAAUUGAAUGGUGUGUUGUGCACUUACUGUUGUAGUUUGGUGUGCCCUCUCGGUAUCUCCAUCUGUAGCCCAGAAGCCAAUGUCAGGCUAAUGUACAUGCAAAUUAAAUGUUGACUUUUCAAGUUUUGUUGUACACAGUACAUUUUUUUGUUGUUGCUGUUGUUUACAAUAAAUGUAUGUAAGCACUGAA